GCGGGGCGGAGGCGGCGGCUGCGGGCUCGCGGCUGCCGCAGCACCGCGCCGAGGGCCCUUCAGCACCGCGGACAGCGCCGGCCGCCGGCCCUCGGCGCCGAGGACGCGGCGAGGCACGGCCGGGGUCCCGCCGGGGGUGCGCCGCGCGCCCCGCGUUCGCGCUGCCCAGAGCCGGGGCGCCGCUGCCCGGAGCCCAUGAGCGCCAUGCAUCUGCUGACACUCGUCCUGCUCUUCUCCUGCUCCUUCGCGCGCGCCGCCUGCGACCCCAAGAUCGUGAACAUCGGCGCGGUGCUGAGCACGCGUAAGCACGAGCAGAUGUUCCGCGAGGCCGUGAACCAGGCCAACAAGCGGCACGGCUCCUGGAAGAUCCAGCUCAACGCCACGUCGGUCACCCACAAGCCCAACGCCAUCCAGAUGGCCCUGUCGGUGUGCGAGGACCUCAUCUCCAGCCAGGUCUACGCCAUUCUGGUUAGCCAUCCCCCCACCCCCAACGACCAUUUCACCCCCACCCCCGUCUCCUACACAGCCGGCUUCUACCGCAUCCCCGUGCUGGGGCUGACCACGCGCAUGUCCAUCUACUCUGACAAGAGCAUCCACCUGAGCUUCCUGCGCACGGUGCCGCCCUACUCGCACCAGUCGAGCGUGUGGUUCGAGAUGAUGCGCGUGUACAGCUGGAACCACAUCAUCCUGCUGGUCAGCGACGAUCACGAGGGCCGCGCGGCGCAGAAGCGCCUGGAGACGCUGCUGGAGGAGCGCGAGUCCAAGAGUAAAAAAAGGAACUAUGAAAACCUCGACCAACUGUCCUAUGACCACAAGCGCGGACCCAAGGCCGAGAAGGUGCUGCAGUUCGACCCGGGGACCAAGAAUGUCACCGCCCUGCUCAUGGAGGCGCGAGAGCUGGAAGCCCGGGUCAUCAUCCUCUCGGCCAGCGAGGACGACGCCGCCACCGUGUACCGCGCGGCCGCGAUGCUGAACAUGACGGGCUCCGGCUACGUGUGGCUGGUGGGGGAGCGCGAGAUCUCGGGGAACGCCCUGCGCUACGCCCCCGACGGCAUCAUCGGGCUGCAGCUCAUCAACGGCAAGAACGAGUCGGCGCACAUCAGCGACGCGGUGGGCGUGGUGGCGCAGGCGGUGCACGAGCUCCUGGAGAAGGAGAACAUCACCGACCCGCCGCGGGGCUGCGUGGGCAACACCAACAUCUGGAAGACGGGGCCGCUCUUCAAGAGAGUGCUGAUGUCUUCCAAGUACUCGGAGGGGGUGACCGGUCGUGUGGAGUUCAACGAGGACGGGGACCGGAAGUUUGCCAACUACAGCAUCAUGAACCUGCAGAACCGCAAGCUGGUGCAAGUGGGCAUCUACAAUGGCACCCAUGUCAUCCCCAAUGACAGAAAAAUCAUCUGGCCAGGAGGGGAGACGGAGAAGCCACGAGGGUACCAGAUGUCCACCAGGCUGAAGAUCGUGACGAUCCAUCAGGAGCCUUUCGUGUACGUCAAGCCCACAAUGAGCGAUGGAACAUGCAAGGAAGAAUUCACGGUCAAUGGGGACCCGGUCAAGAAGGUGAUCUGCACGGGGCCCAACGACACGUCUCCCGGCAGCCCACGACACACGGUGCCCCAGUGCUGCUACGGAUUCUGCAUUGACCUGCUCAUCAAGCUGGCGCGGACCAUGAACUUCACCUACGAGGUGCACCUGGUGGCCGACGGCAAGUUCGGCACGCAGGAGCGGGUCAACAACAGCAACAAGAAAGAAUGGAACGGGAUGAUGGGAGAGCUUCUCAGCGGGCAGGCGGACAUGAUCGUGGCGCCACUGACCAUCAAUAACGAACGCGCUCAGUACAUCGAGUUCUCUAAGCCCUUCAAGUACCAAGGCCUGACCAUUCUGGUCAAGAAGGAGAUUCCCCGGAGCACACUGGACUCGUUCAUGCAGCCCUUCCAGAGCACGCUGUGGCUGCUGGUGGGGCUGUCCGUCCACGUGGUGGCCGUCAUGCUGUACCUGCUGGACCGCUUCAGCCCCUUCGGCCGGUUCAAGGUGAACAGCGAGGAGGAGGAGGAAGAUGCGCUGACCCUGUCCUCAGCCAUGUGGUUCUCCUGGGGGGUCCUUCUGAACUCUGGCAUCGGAGAAGGUGCUCCCCGGAGCUUCUCUGCUCGCAUCCUGGGGAUGGUGUGGGCCGGCUUCGCCAUGAUCAUCGUGGCCUCCUACACUGCCAACCUGGCAGCCUUCCUGGUGCUGGACCGGCCAGAGGAGCGCAUCACUGGCAUCAAUGACCCCCGGCUGAGAAACCCGUCGGACAAGUUCAUCUACGCCACGGUGAAGCAGAGCUCGGUGGACAUCUACUUCCGGAGGCAGGUGGAGCUGAGCACCAUGUACCGGCACAUGGAGAAGCACAACUACGAGAGUGCGGCGGAAGCCAUUCAGGCCGUGCGGGACAACAAGCUGCACGCCUUCAUCUGGGACUCGGCCGUGCUGGAGUUCGAGGCCUCGCAGAAGUGCGACCUGGUCACCACGGGCGAGCUGUUCUUCCGCUCUGGCUUCGGCAUCGGCAUGCGCAAGGACAGCCCCUGGAAGCAGAACGUCUCUCUGUCCAUCCUCAAGUCCCACGAGAACGGCUUCAUGGAAGACCUGGACAAGACGUGGGUGCGGUACCAGGAGUGCGACUCACGCAGCAACGCCCCUGCAACCCUCACCUUCGAGAACAUGGCAGGGGUCUUCAUGCUGGUGGCCGGGGGCAUCGUGGCUGGGAUCUUCCUUAUCUUCAUCGAGAUCGCCUAUAAGCGCCACAAGGACGCCCGCCGGAAGCAGAUGCAGCUGGCCUUCGCCGCGGUGAACGUGUGGAGGAAGAACCUGCAGGAUAGAAAGAGUGCUAGAGCAGAGCCCGACCCUAAAAAGAAAGCCACAUUUAGGGCUCUCACCUCCACCCUGGCUUCCAGCUUCAAGAGGCGUAGGUCCUCCAGAGACACGAGCACCGGGGGUGGACGCGGCGCUUUGCAAAAGCAAAAAGACACGGUGCUGCCGCGACGCGCUAUUGAGAGGGAGGAGGGCCAGCUGCAGAUGUGCGCCCGCCAUAGGGACAGCUGAGACGCCCUGCCCGCCCUCCCCCCUCCCGCAGACACCCGGACCGCGGCCUGGCCACGCACAGUCCCGGAGCACCCAGGCCGCCCCCAGGCCGGCCCACCAGUCCAGGCCCCGCGCGCGCCCGAGCCCGGGCUAACGGCCGCCUUGUCUGUAUUUCUAUUUUGCAGCAGUACCAUCCCACUGAUAUCACGGGCCCGCUCAACCUCUCAGAUCCCUCGGUCAGCACCGUGGUGUGAGGCCCCCGGAGGCGCCCGCCUGCCCAGUUAGCCCGGCCAAGGACACUGAUGGGUCCUGCUGCUCGGGAAGGCCUGAGGGAAGCCCAGCCGCCCCACAGACUGCCCACCCUGGCCUGCCUGGCGGGCAGCCCCUGCUGGACCGAGGCGCGGACCAGAGCAGCUGCGGACGGAGCAGAGCUGAGCUGGCUGGGCAGGGCCGCGGGCGCUCCGGCAGAGGCAGGGCCCCGGGGUCUCUGCGCGGUGGGGCCGGGGGCUAGCACGCUCCGGGCGGAGGGGCUUGGAGCGGACAGAGGCCCCCCGCAGGGGCGGGCCAGGACCUGCGCCGCCAGGGGAGGGGCCCCGGUCCCAGCUGCGGGGUCGCCCGCUAGCCGCCCCCUCCCGCCUCGCUCUCCCUCCCCGUCCCCUGGCUCCACGCACGCCUCCCGUCACACCCCGCGGACCAGACCCCGCCGGGGAGCCGGCCCUGCCCCCUCCAGGCAGACCCGCGACCUCGCUGCCAGUCGCUCUCCAGGGCUCCCCCCGCCCCCGCGACUCCCGUCCUCGCCCCGCGCGCCCCCGCCCGCCCCGGUGUGUGCAGUGGUGAUGUCUAAAGGAAUGUCACGCAG